AACACCCUCUAUUGUGCAACUGCUGGGUGGGUGAGUCAGCAACACCUUUGCCCCAGGAACUCUCUGCUUAUUUGGGGAGAUGGCUAGAGUGAUGGUUGUAUUGCAGUGUUAACUGGAGCCCGGAAGCAGCAGUUAGCUCUGCCUGAGCCAGUGAGGAUGAGGGUCAGAAAGGCGCGUUCAGCCUUUCAAAAGAAGAGUGUGCAGGAGCCAGAGUUCUGACUUGGCACCAAGCAAAGUGUGUUUUAGCGAUGUCACACUGUGCCUUGCGGUGCAAGACGUUAGGGUGCACUGUGAAUGGCUGCAGGGGUCAUGGUGGCUGGUGAGUUGUGGCAGUUGUGGCAGGGGCAUGUGGGGUAGGCUGAAGAGCAGGACGCCACCUUGACCUAGGAGGAAGCAACCAAGGCUAAGGACACAGAAGAGAUGUAAGGAACACCUUCUAGAAAGAUCUGGCCUGGACAUCAGCAUCGCAGUCUUCCAAAAGCAAAGGAGGAGGAAGGAAGGAAGUUCACACGGCUGGGAAAUGCCAGUACAGAAGAGGACCCAGCAUGACUACUAACCUAUGACUCCUAACAGUAUGACAGAAAAUGGCCUCCCAGCCUGGGACAAACAGAAGCCCCGUCCAGACCGAGGACAGGACUGGAAACUGGUAGGAAUGUCCGAAGGCUGCCUGCACAGGAAGAGCCAUGUGGAGAGGCGUGGUGCACUGAAGAAUGAACAGACAUCCCCACACCUCAUCCAGGCCACUUGGACGAGUUCUAUAUUCCAUCUGGAUCCCGACGAUGUAAACGAUCAGAGCGUCUCGAGUGCCCAGUCCUUCCAGACUGAAGAGAAGAAAUGUAAAGGGUAUAUCCCCAGCUAUCUAGACAAGGAUGAGCUCUGUGUAGUGUGUGGGGACAAAGCCACAGGGUACCACUACCGCUGCAUCACCUGUGAAGGCUGUAAGGGUUUCUUUAGAAGAACCAUUCAGAAAAGUCUCCAUCCAUCUUAUUCCUGUAAAUAUGAAGGAAAAUGCGUCAUAGACAAAGUCACUCGCAACCAGUGCCAGGAAUGCCGCUUUAAGAAAUGCAUCUAUGUUGGCAUGGCAACAGACUUGGUGCUGGAUGACAGCAAGAGGCUCGCCAAGCGGAAGCUGAUAGAGGAGAACCGGGAAAAGCGGCGGCGGGAGGAGCUGCAGAAAUCAAUUGGGCACAAGCCGGAGCCCACAGAUGAGGAAUGGGAGCUCAUCAAGACAGUCACCGAGGCCCACGUGGCCACCAACGCCCAGGGCAGCCACUGGAAGCAGAAGCGGAAAUUUCUGCCGGAAGACAUUGGACAAGCACCCAUUGUGAACGCCCCAGAAGGUGGCAAGGUUGACCUGGAAGCCUUCAGCCAUUUUACAAAGAUCAUCACACCAGCAAUCACCAGAGUGGUGGAUUUUGCCAAAAAGUUGCCCAUGUUUUGUGAGCUGCCGUGUGAGGACCAGAUCAUCCUCCUCAAAGGCUGCUGCAUGGAGAUCAUGUCCCUUCGAGCUGCGGUGCGCUACGACCCGGAGAGUGAGACUCUAACCCUGAAUGGGGAAAUGGCGGUGACACGGGGCCAGCUGAAAAAUGGAGGUCUUGGGGUGGUUUCAGAUGCCAUCUUUGACCUGGGCAUGUCUCUAUCAUCGUUCAACCUGGAUGACACGGAAGUUGCCCUGCUUCAGGCCGUCCUGCUGAUGUCUUCAGAUCGCCCAGGGCUGGCCUGUGUUGAGAGAAUCGAGAAAUACCAAGACAGUUUCCUGUUGGCCUUUGAACACUAUAUCAAUUACCGAAAGCACCAUGUAACACACUUUUGGCCUAAACUCCUGAUGAAGGUGACAGACCUGCGGAUGAUCGGCGCCUGCCAUGCCAGCCGCUUCCUCCACAUGAAGGUGGAGUGCCCAACGGAGCUCUUCCCGCCUCUCUUCUUGGAAGUGUUCGAGGACUAAACAAGCUGGACAGGUUCAUUCCUGCAGCGUUGCUGGUGUCGUUUCAUUCCACCUCUAGCUCUUUCUGUUCUUGUUUCCUUGUUUCUUUGUGUGGGUGGGGUCAUCAGGGGGUCAAGGAGUCAUCAAUGGCAUUUGACUCAGAUGAAGUUGUCCUUUGAAUGUGGGUCUUUGUAACCAUUGCAUCUUGUCCUCCGGUCCUUAGUGGGAAUGCUUUGAAGGGUUUACAGCAGUGGAGGUUACGUGGGGGACAAUCAUUAUUUCACCAGCACCAAGCCAUCACCAGCUCCUAUCUGUCCCUGCUCGGACUCAAGCAAGCCAGAUGGCACUGCAGAAGACUAAAGAGGCCUUAAAACCAAGACCACAGUCAUCUUGAUCCAACACGAUCCAGUUCUGAUGUUUG